AGCUCUGCACACGACCCUAUCACAUUUUCACCGUCGCCAAGAAAAAGGAAAACGAGUUAAUUUCGCGCCGGCGAAACGUGUAUUUUAAGGAAAAUUAAAUCAUGUCAUCUGCUCUGAAGGCCGUCUGUGUACUAAAGGGUGACAGCAAUGUCACAGGAACCGUCCAAUUUAGUCAAGAGGCUCCUGGAACACCUGUGACAUUGUCCGGAGAAAUUAAAGGAUUAACACCAGGACAGCAUGGAUUCCAUGUUCAUCAGUUUGGCGACAACACUAAUGGCUGUACCAGUGCUGGAGCCCACUUUAACCCCUUCAACAAAGAGCACGGCGCCCCAGAGGAUACAGAGAGACACGUGGGGGACCUUGGUAAUGUCACCGCUGGCGAAGACGGUGUCGCCAAAAUCAGUAUCACAGACAAAAUGAUCGACUUGGCCGGCCCUCAGUCCAUCAUUGGGAGAACCGUGGUUAUUCAUGCCGAUGUUGAUGACCUUGGAAAAGGAGGUCAUGAACUCAGUAAGACGACCGGAAACGCUGGCGGACGAUUGGCUUGUGGAGUGAUCGGUAUCACCAAGUAGACUCUGCUAGCCUCCACUCAGUUCACUGUUAUAUAUUGUCCUGUUGUUUUCUAAGUUUUGUGGAUAUACAGCAAAAAAGCUACAAGUCUGAUAACUUGUCACAUUUAUCUGAUUGUGUGAUAAUAAUAAUAAUUUGUAAAAGAUGGUGUUAGGUUCAGGAAAAUCAGACCACCUAUCCAUAUAUCAUGUACCUAUAUGUGACUCGAUCUCAGUAUCUAAAGCCCUAAUGGCAAAUGAAAGCUUCUUUAAAACUAAAUACGCUCUACAAUACAUUUACCAAAUCAAUGACACUUUUGUUUAUGUCUUAUAGACCUAUACAUGUGAUAUGGUAAUAAAUAUAUGUACUAUGAAAAAA